AUGGCAUGCGAUAAGUAUCCCCAGAAUUCGACAAUUCAUAUACUAAUUCAUAUACCAUGGCAAUCUAGUUGGAGUAAUCUGAUGAAUAUAAUAGAGCAUUGUCAACAGCAAUAUAAAAUUGUCAUGGUAAGUUGGAAUAAGCCAGAAUUAGGUACUUACAAAUUAAAUACAGGUGGGAGUGCCCUACAGAAUUCAGGUAAGAUUGGAGGAGGUGGAAUUCUAAGGAAUCAUCAAGGUAAAAUAGUUUAUGCUUUUUCUUUACCUCUAGGUUUUGGUACUAACAAUAUUGCAGAGAUCAAGGCUUCACUAUAUGGGCUGGACUGGAGUGAACAACAUGGCUACAAAAACAUUGAGUUAGAAGUGGAUUCAGAGCUGCUGUGCAAUUGGAUCAAUAAUACAAUCAAGAUACCAUGGAGAUAUGAAGAAAUUAUCCAGCAAAUUCAACAAAUAGUUAGGAAAUUGGAUCAUUUUCAGUGUCAUCACAUAUACAGAGAAGCAAACUGUACUGCAGACAUGCUAGCUAAAUGGAGCCACAAGCUGGAAAUACUUCAACAUUUUUAUACAACAACACAACUCAAGGGAGCAAUUAGAGGAAGUUAUCUAUUGGAGAAGAUGGGCUGGCAGAGAAGAGCCAUUAUAGCAGGAUGGGUGAAUCGUGGAUGGCCAGACAUGACUUUUAGUUUCUAA